AGCUCUGAUCAGGCGGUGCCCGUGGUUUCACUGAGUUGAUCUAUUUUCUAUAGACAGCAUCAGGUAAAACAAGUUAUUUAGCCUUCCCAAAUCUGCUUCACGCGCCGCCUAUGCGCUGGAGUGAACGAGGACAUUCCAAUUCAUACCUGUGGACUGCUCUGUCCUCGCGCUCUCAGUCCUGCUAUCAGUAUGAGAGUAGCAGGAAUAAAGCAACCAGUCCUCAUAUUUAUGAUCAUUGGGCUCAUCUUCUACGUGCGCCACAUAUACGUAAAGAGUGGAUAUGAUGAGGAUACAGCGGGGUCCAAAAAAGAGGUUGAACACCCUCGGGUGAUCAAGAGUCUAUCUGACCUGGAGACAAGCGUCAGCCACCUCUACAACCUACUCAAAGCUUUUGAGCAGAAGCAGGACACCAUGCAGAAAUUGCUCGAAGAGGACGUAGAGCGAAGGAGAAAAGCUGCAGAGGUCGUACAGCCACCAGUCCAGAAGCUCCCAGAGCAGAAAGAGGAACCUCAAGCAAAGAUCGAGGAAAAACAGGAGGCCCCUGUAAAGAAAAAGUCAAAUAAACUCUUCCCUGACUCCCCCCUGUUCAAGGAGUGGGGUGGGAAUCUGUCUGAGGAUGAGCAAAGAGAGGCACAGAGUUUGUUUGAUAAGUAUGGCUACAACGUGUUUCUGAGUGAUCGCCUUCCUCUAGAUCGUGCUAUUGCAGAUACCAGGGAUAAAAGGUGUCUUGAAAAGACAUACCCAAAGGAUCUGCCAAGCAUCGGGGUGGUGUUGAUCUACCUGAAUGAGGCCCUUUCGAUCCUCAAAAGAGCCCUGCGCAGCAUCAUCGACCGCACCCCUAAAAACCUGCUGAAGGAGAUUAUUUUGGUGGAUGAUAAUAGCUCGAAUGAGGACCUGAAGGGUGACUUUGACGUGUAUGUGAAGUCGCUUGAGCAGCAGAACCCAGGCCUCCGCUUUACAAGAGUGAGGCACAAUGAGCAGCGAGGCCUUUCAUACGCCAGGGCUUCUGGGUGGAGGGCUGCUACUGCUGACGUGGUGGCCAUCCUGGACGCACACAUUGAAGUCCAUGAAAUGUGGGCUGAACCUCUGCUGACGCAGAUCAAGGGGGAUCGGACCGUGGUGACGUCCCCUGUGUUUGACAAAGUCAACUAUGAUGACCUUACAGUUAUUCCAUACCAACCAGCCGCACAUGCCUUCGACUGGGCUUUAUGGUGCAUGUAUGAGAGUUUCUCCGACGAUUAUUACAAACUCAUGGAUGGCUCACUGCCUGGAAAGAGUCCAUCUGUCAUGGGAAUCCUAGUGGCUGACAGAAAGUAUCUAGGAGAAAUUGGAGUUCUCGAUGAGGGAAUGAAAGUGUACGGUGGUGAAAAUGUGGAGCUGGGAAUUCGAGUGUGGACAUGUGGAGGCAGUAUUGAAGUAGUUCCAUGCUCCAGGAUCGCCCACAUUGAGAGGGCCCAUAAGCCCUACAUGCCUGAUCUGUCUGUAGCCAUGAGGAGAAACGCCAUGAGGGUAGCAGAAGUCUGGAUGGAUGAAUACAAACACAAUGUCAACUUGUUCUGGAACUUGCCAUUUGAGAAUCAUGGAAUUGACAUUGGGGAUGUCACGGAGAGGAAAGAACUAAGGAAAAGGUUGAACUGUAAACCCUUCAAAUGGUACCUGGAAAAUGUGUAUCCCAAGUUGGAUCCCUUGGACAACGUAGUUGCAUAUGGAGGAAUGAAGAAUCUUGAUACCAACAUGUGCUUAGACCAAGGUCCAGUGCCGGGAAACACACCCAUCGCCUACAAUUGCUACUACUAUGGACCUCAGAUGACUUAUUUUCGAUCAAACGGAGAGCUCUACAUCGGCGGCAUCAAGUCCCACAAGUACAAUGACAACCGGUGUAUAGCUGACAUUGGGAAUAAAGAAACAGAACCAGGGCUGUUCAACUGCAGAGAGGCUCUGCAGAAGAAAAUGGGGAUCUACUGGGACUUCACUCAGGGCAAGGAGAUAAAGAACAGAGAGACAAAAAGAUGUCUGGAGAUUAAAAAAGAUACACUAGUAAUACAGGAGUGCUCUGGCCAAAGAUGGGAAGUCCAACACAUAAUCAAAGCCUUUUAAAGUGUGUCUGUGUGUUUGCGGCCAACAAGAAGUGCACUUCUCUGCUCAUAGGUCAGUCUCAAAUAAAGUCAGUAACGCUAUCAUGCCUUUAUAUAUAUAUAUCUCUGACAGACAUCAAUUCAUCUCCAUCAACAACUCCAAAUCCCCCACAGUCCCUGUCAAUUAUGGUGUCCCUCAGGGUUCUGUACUUGGUUCCCUUCUGUUCAUCAUCUAUAUCCUCCUACUUGGACAAUUCCUCUGUCAAAACUAACUCCAGUUCCGCUGUUAUGCCAAUGACACACAGCUCUACCUAUCAACAAAAUGCAUUUCUCCAAGCACACACUCCCAAUUCAGCACCUGCCUCACUGACAUUACAAUUUGGAUGCAAAACAAUUUUCUAAAACGCAACUGCGACAAAUCAGAACUCAUAAUCAUCGGCCCAAACUCACUUACCCGCUCAACCCCUCACUUUCCUCCCUCGUGUUAACCAGGUCACAAAAUCCGCCUUCUUACACUUAAAGAACCUUGCCCGCAUCAGAGCCUCCCUCCCAUGUCCGCUGCUGAAACUCUCAUCCAUGCAUUCAUUACAUCCCGUCUUGAUUACUGCAACAGCAUUCUUUAUGGUUCACCUGCAUAUAUCCUCAAAAAAAUUCAAUAUGUCCAAAACUCUGCCCGCAUGCUCACCUUCACCAGACGCUCCUACCACAUCACCCCUAACCUCCAUGAUCUCCACUGGAUCCCCAUCAAACCCCAUAUUGACUAUAAAGUCUUACUAUUCACUUACAAAGCUUUCCACAACCUUGCCCCCCCUACCUCUGUGACCUCAUCCAAUGACACACCCCCACCCGUCGCCUCAGAUCUGCUGUCGCUUACCUACUGUAGAAAUCAGAACCAAGCUCCGGACCUGGGGCCUUCGCAGAAGACUCCCCCUCACUCUGGAGCUCCUUCCCCAGCCACGUCCGAUCUGCCAACACUCUCACGUCAUUAAAAAAAGCCCUCAAAACUCACCUUUUCACUCUUGCCUUUAACUCCUAAUCCACUAACCCCUCGUUGUUAUCUUAAAUGUAUUGUCUUUUCCCUAUGGUUGGAUGUGAUGAAUAGACUUUAUCUCUGCAAGUACUUAUUAUCUUUCCUUCUUUAUCCAACAUUUUUCUUUUGUUUGACACUACACAACGGAAUUUGCUGAUUUGACCAGAAAAUUGCAUUGUUUUCAAUGUAAAACAUUUUUAUUUGGUUCUAUUCCUUUAAGGUUUAGUGGCGUUGAUGCUGUUAUGAGCAGGAUCCUGGUUAGAGAUAGGCAUAAUGUUUCUCAGUAAAUCUCAUUUGGGGAUUGUUGACAGGCAGCAUCUUACAUCAGGCCGAAACGCAACCUAAAAAUGCAAUUCAGCCCAUUUUCAUCUUUGCAAUCGUUUCACUCAGGGACACUAAAUAUAUUAUAUGCAAUGAAAAAGCUAAUGCAAAUGUAGAAGAUAGUUUGCUGAAUUUCUUCCAUGGUAGCUGUGUUCACAACAACAAAUGCUCAGAUAGAUGCAAGUGCUUUCAUUGCGUUGCUGUGAUUAAAUGUGACCUUUUUUACUUCUAUCACAAUCAGCCAGUUGUUACAAAUGCCACAUAUGGAAGCAUUGUAAUGCAAUACGUGCUGUUUUGUGAACAUCCAGUCUAAAAAUAUAAACGUUUUCUUGGUAAUUUAUUUCUACUUUACACUGCAAUAUAAUCAGUAUAGAGAAAUUCAAAUCAUAAGGUAGACGAAAAUGAAGUAAAAUUAAGGGUGAAAAUAAAAAGGGUAAAAAAUCAAAACCAGCAUGCAUGGAUAAGUGAACAUUAACAAGUCCACAGCUUAAAUAAUUCCUGUAUACCUUCUAGAAAAACGAUGUUAAUGAAUGGGUUCCGAACAGGUUUAAAUGUACUAUGGCAUUUGGUCAUUAAAUGUUGUCAGGUUUUACUUCUGCAAUCUGAUUCAGAGAAGGGAAUUUGUGUCCAUUAGCACUAGUCAUUUACAUCUAAAAAAAACGUUAUGUUAAAAUCGUGUUACAGAAUGGAUGGUACCUCUUUUUGAGUGAAUAUGUAUUCUUUAUGUUGAGUGUAUAAAUUAUUAUCUUGGUGUUUUCUAAUGACUUUUCUAUUCUGGGGAGCCUAUGUUCAAAAUAUGUUGAAAUAUUAUUGUCUUUUGAAAUCUACAUUUGGAAAUAAAGUUUAUGUUUGAAUUG